AUGGGCAUUGAAGGAACAUGGUACGAAGAAGAAGAUUUGGCCCGGAAUGAUGUCGAUGACAGACUUGAUUCAGAAGGCGAGGCAUUGCCAGGCGGCAAGAUGCAGAUGGAGUGCCAUGAAUGGACACGUCAGUCACAACGUCAGUCACAAGUGCCAGUUUUGUGGGCCCCGCCGUGCAAGGGAGCUGAGCCAAGCACGAUGACGUCAUGUCCUUGUUGUUGUUUGUUGUUUGUUGUUGUUGCGGCUGCUGUUGCUGCUGCUGUUGCUGCUGCUGUUGCUGCUGCUGUUGCUGCUGCUGUUGCUGCUGCAGCAGUUGCUGGUACUGCCUGGCGUGCCGCGGAGUAG